AUGCCCCCCCACGCCAACACCGACCUCACGGAGUUCGAGCCCUUUCUAGCCGCAAAGUUCAAUGCCGUCACAACCUUGGCCCACAUGGUCCAGGCCACCAACGUCCUCGACGACACGGAAUUGGACUUGGAAACGGCAGCGAAAAAAGUCCAGUUUGACCAAUUGGAAUGCGCCAAACGCAUGGACGACAUCACCGCCGCCCACCACACAGAGCUCAUCAGCAACGUCUGCUCGGUCGAGACGUAUUCGGACGCCGUUCUCGACCACAUUGUGCCGCUGGCGACGCGAAUCGAACAGGCGUACCAAAGGAUCAACAACGAGGUCGUGCGGCCGUACGACGACGCGGUGAAGUUGCAGGGCGCGCUCAAGACGGUGCACUCGAUCAUGACGCUAUUGCGCGGCGCCAGUUUCUUCUUGAUGUUCGUGCAACAGCUCCAGGAGUGUGAGAAGGCGUACGAGGCCUCGGACGACGGGAAAGACGUAUUGCGGUUGGCGCGGUUGUUGAAGCAGCUCUCGCUCGUGCACAAGAAGGAGUUUUUGGCGCUGCGGACGGGCACGGAGUUGACGCAGUUGGCCAUUGUAAGAGACUAUGAACCGGUCAUCAAGAGUAAGUUUGAGGCGUUUCUCGUAGAGUUGAAGCUGAAAGUGUCGCACGGCUUGGGCCACCACACCUCGUUCAACAAGAAAAACGUAGUUUUGCAGCAGAACUUGUUGGCGCUCAACGAAUUGGGCCAGGACCAGUUGUUCGCCAUAUUGAAGGAGGUCAUCCAGAAAUCCGUGCAGAUCUCGCUGACGCUGCUCUCGCGCUCGUUACAGUCGCAGCGAGCACUCGAGGUCAAUUUCUCCGAUGUGAACGGCAUAGCGACCUCCUUUAUCAGCACUCUACUGGGGCUUCUUUCCAACUGUUCUGUGGCCAGCUCUGAACAAGCAGCCGCCAACAACACACUCCUUAAAACUUUCGAGCAAAACAUCUCGGAAUCCAUAGAAACAUUCUACUGGCAGAGAUUGGCACAAUCCUACAAAAAGAACAUCUUGACUACGCUUGCCAAAGGCGGACCUAUUGCACGCAACCUACAAAACAACCGGAACCAGAUUCUAGAAGCCAUCGCCUCGACGUUCGCGUCGCCGGGCCGCGAACACUUGACGGACGUGGUCAACAUCCUCAACAACCAUUGA